CUAGUCGAGAAUAUCUCUUCCUCAGUCUCGUUCAAACCACUAACGACCAACGUAAACAGCAAUGGCUUCGCAGCAGCCAUCGAGCUCCGUCCCUGCGUCGCCGCCCAAGGUGUCGAGCGAGGACAUCAUUAGCCAGAAGACGGGCAUCGGCUUCGGCACGGGUGUCGUGCUGAGCGUGUUGCUGUUCCGACGACGAGCAUUCCCCGUCUGGCUCGGCACGGGCUUCGGCCUUGGCUCCGGCUGGACCGACUGCGAGCGGUCCUUCAACCCCGUCGCAGUCCCCGGUGUGCGCAUUCUUCCCUCUGCAGCAGCGGCGACGGCGAACCCUUCGACGAUGGAGCGAUUGAGCGCGCGUACUGCCGAGGUCUUUGACAAGACAAAGGACAAGACGCAAGAGCUGGCAGGAAAGGGCAAGCAGAAGGCGCAAGAGGUUGAGAGCAAGGUUGAGGAGAAGGUCUCGAGUGAUUUCAAGAUUCGAUCAGCUGUCGAGGCGCACGAGACUCCAGACAAUGAUUGCCUUGCCUGUCGAUUGACAGGUACUGCCACUCUUUCGGCGCUUGGCGCGUACUCCUUUCGUGAAGCGUAUCUCGCCGGUGCCUUUGCCUCAAGAGCUCCAAGAAGCGCUUCAUUGAGAGCAAGAGGUUUCUUGCUGGUUCUCUUCGGUGCGACAUGUUUUGCUGGAGGAGCAUACCGUCUUGUGAAUUGAUUACAAGUACAAACAAUCGCUGUGACCGUUUCACAACGUCUUCCACAGGCAGACGCGGCCAUCUUUGCCGCCGCUCACGAGGAGACCAGCAUCGUAACGGUGUGAGCUCUCUUGAUCUUCGUCGUCGUCUGAGUCAUCCUGUUGCCCACGAUGGAAGAUGCGAAGGUCUUUCCUAGCCUCAAGGAACGCCAGCACCUGCACUGUGUCUUUAUGGUAUCGCAGCGUGUCCUUCAGCUCGAGCGCAGCGUCGUAGAGCC